AUGCCUGGGUAUCUGGGCCAUCGUCUUUCCAUCCGCCACCGCCUGGUCCGGGGUUCUCGUCUCCGCCGCCUCACGGGUAUUUAUCGACUGUUCCUCACCACCCUAGUUUCCGCCAUCAAGCUCCUCAACCUUAUGGACCCACGGGGCCUCGAGGUUUAUGGCGACCUGUGUGGCCGGAUUUCGGUCCUCGUCCUCAAUUCCGCGGUGCUCCACCUCGGCAAUCCUGGCAAGGGCCACAUCCGGCGUUCCGACCUCAUCCGCCGAGGCCCCGGCUGCCGCCCGCUGACUUCAGGAAGUGGGUUAGCUCAUCGUUGCCGCCGCCGCCGGCUGAGUGUGGUAAGUGGACGGUCUCUCAUCCAUUCUUCAUCGACAAUUUUCCCGAGGAUUCUGGGGACGAUUCCUUUCUAGGGUUCUUGAACGGGGUGUUUUGCGCGCCCAUCUUCAACACUGACCACUGAACAUGUGUGGGGUUGUACCGGCGUCCUAAAGCUUCUGGCUUUAUCCGCCGCACAGAGAACAAUGGGUUCUAUAAGCAUAAUAUUCAUCUGGAAAUUGAGGGAACCCAGUUUAUUCUCCCCGUUAGUUUUUAUGAAACAGGACAUCCCAUUUCUUCUUAGUCUAUUUCUUCCAGCCUUUCUCAUAUCUAACGCCCUUGGGUUUCUUGAUUGUCUUGCUUCUGAUCUCCAGGGAGGUUCACAGUGCUCUCGUACAACAUCCUUGCAGACUAUCUUGCUCGAGACCAUUGGUCAAAGCUUUAUUUCCACAUACCGCCUGAAGUUUUGGACUGGGAAUGGCGAAAGAGCAGAUUAUUUAUUGAAUUCGGGUUGUGGUCUCCCGACAUUAUGUGUCUUCAGGUACUCCUAGGAACUGCUGUCUACUUCACAGACUGUUUGGCAAAUUCGGGAAAUGUUGUGCACUGUUGACUAGGCUGAUGCCAUCUAUCAUUGCUUUUGACGACUUUUUUAUUUUUUAUUUUUAUUUUUAUGUGGUCUUUAUGCCUCUUCAAAAAAUUUGUUGCCACCUCUGAUUUUGGAUCCCCCACAGGAGGUGGACAGAUUCCAGGACUUGGAGAAAGAGUUGGCCCUCCGAGGAUAUAAUGGUGUUUGGAAGGUGGGUUAAAAUAUUGCAGGUUUAUUCUCGCCUAUUUCCGCUGUGUGGUCUUCAUGUCCAUUUCAGUAGUGCCAGCAAAUGAAGCUGAUGCCCGGUUUGGAGAUUUGUUUGACAUUUAUGAUGAAGAUGUAAAUGUGUUGAAACACCGGUUCUGGAGUCGUGAAUGGAUGAUCCUUAGGACCCUGGCAGAAAAUUUUUGCCUGAAAAUGGACUGAAUGUAACUUGUUCCAAGGUCAGGAGCGAUGAAAAAUAAUUAGCUUAUAAGUUAGAAAAGGGGAUUCUUUGGACUUGCUUGAGUAGCUAAUAUAUACAUUACCAUUUUAUGGUUUAUUUUAAAAUAAUUCAGUUUGAAAAUUUGCGAUUGGUUUAACAUCCAUUGUCACCUGAACCACAUUCAAAUAGCUUUUCAUGCUUCUACUGAGGGUGGAAUUCAUUUUGCUUUCAGUUUUGCUUCUGGGAGUUUGCUUGAUUAUGGUGUGUGAAAGAUUUUCGUUUUGCAAGUGUUUGGUUCGCUUCUAUGUGGUGCUUGUUUAUCCUUGCUCUAUCACAGACUUCAAGCAUUCAUAUAUGCUGCAGAUGCGUACUGGUGAUGCAGUAGAUGGAUGUGCUGUUUUUUGGCGGGCAUGUAGGUAUUGUAUUUUUUUUCAUUUUUCAUAUUUAAUCAGUAAAUUUGCGAUAUUAUUUCAUACUUCUACAGUGUACAUCGUAUCCUUAAUUUUCCCAUUCUUUAUCGUAUUUGGUUCUGCUUCUUCGUUUUAUAUUCUGACCCAAUAUCUGUACAAGAAGUGCGUCCUACGUAUAUAUUUUCGUGGCUCCUAUUUUGUUUGGUUUGCCCAACUCCCAGAGCUAGAAUUACAAAUCUGAGGAUUUUAAUGAAGAUUCAUGGGUUUUGGAGGUUUGCUUGGGUGCUUGCCUUGAGAUUUUGGGAGUAGUCAGCAAUUACUGAAUUACAUUUGGUCUGUUGUGAUUUAUGUCAUCUUCUUCUACUAUGUAAAAAUAAAAUCUUACGAAAAAUGAAAAAUCGACUGCUGAUAUUGUCUCUGCCCUUUUUUGACUGAACACAUCUGAUAUCUUAUGCGUUAUCCCUUGGUGUUUUUUUAGUUCAUAUUUGAGUACCCGAUGAGCAUACAGAUGAAUAUUCACUUCUAGGUUCAAACUUUGGUUCUGGGUGACUAAGGUUUUAAUCACUAUGAAGGAAGGCUAGAGAAAAUUUGGAGCUUUUGAGAUAUCGUUAUUACCCACAGUUCUUGCAUGGUUGUGGUUGUAAGGUGGGGGAAAGAUUCCUUCGAUACAGAAUGUUUUCAGAUGAAUCGUUCCUUGCGUAGGCAUUUUUAGAAAUCCAUUAUUUUUUUACUCUUUUUCUUUCUGCGUAUCAGAUUACAUUCCCUGCGUUACAUACAGUAGUAGUGUGGAGCAUAUUUGGGUGUUUUUUAUUGCAAAUUCAUUGGUUCGGACUACUUUAUUUUUAGCCUUUUGGAUCAUUUAUUCUUCCAACUCUCACUGAUUGAUUGCUGGCAUUACCUCUGGCUGUUGUGCUCGGACUAAGAGAUAUCUGGUAUUCCAUUCUAGCUGUGGAGGCUGUCUAUCUCGGGGUGUAUGACACGCUGUUGAUUAGGCCUGCAGUGUGUAUUGUCUUCAUGAGAGGGUAGAAGUCACAGUUCCGGUCCAUAUCUGUGUGAUCCCUUGGUAGUAAUCAUUGAUAUUAUUUCCAAUAGAAUGAUAAUCCCUCAGAAUUUAUCGUCCAUUUUUUUCUCAAAUAAGUAAUAGGAGAGUAAAAAUAAAGAUUUAAUUCUUUUCGGUCCAACAAUGAGAAUCAUUUAUUUUGAUCUAUUGCGAGUUUAGUUUUUGCAUUUUGUGAAUCAGCUGUCUUACUGGGAACCUCAUUGCAUUGGUACUAGGUUUGUGCUAAGGCAUGAGGAGCACAUUGAGUUUGCUAAACUUGGACUUCGAGAUAAUGUUGCGCAGAUUUGCGUCUUAGAGGUAUCCCAUAAUAUUUUUCUGAAAAAAAAUGUAAUAUAAUGUUAGUUUUCACUGUUUCAAUGGGUCAGAUUAAUUCUUCUGGUGUGGUCUUCUCUACAUCUUUUCUUUUUCAUUUACUGGGUCAGCAUACUAAUGCAGUGUGAUUGUUUUUAUUUAUCAGUCGAGUCAAAGUCCUUGUAACAGUUCUGCGGCUUCACCUGCGAGGUAGGUCGAAUCCUUUUCCUUGUGCCUUGUCUAAAAUUACAGACACCGUACUCCUGUCAUAACAUCUUCAAUCCAUCUAGCUUUGUAGAGAACUGGAUUUUAUAUCUUAAGUUGUCCACUCACAACGAAGAAAAAGCUAUCAUUUGCUCAAUUUCCAUUGCUUUGUAUGGCUGUUAUCCACUUUAUGUGUGAUAGUAAAUGAAUAGAAGCGUUAUGAUAGCUUCUAAUGGGAAAGAAAAUGCAGAUCUCAUCCAUCCCUGGGAAUCGAUCGGGUUGUGGUCUGCAACAUUCAUGUGCUUUACAAUCCGAAGAGAGGAGAAAUUAAACUUGGCCAGGUACAUCCUUCUUUGCUGCUGCAAUUUUUUUUUAAUAACAUAUACUGUCCGUUCACAAUUUUCCUUGAUUUCAUUAUUGAAUUCGAAAUAACUGCAAAUUUGGCCAGUCCCGAGGGACUGUGAUUGCUGUUCACAUUCCUUAUUGUGUUUCGACUGGCAUCCUGCCCAAUAGAUUCUGGUCAUGAAUCCAGAUUUUGAACCCCUUAAACCUACAGUGCCUACAAUCAACAGAAUCCUUCAAUAACCCAACAUCUCCUUGCACCUACGAGCCAUCAAAUACGUCGCAUUCAAUGGGAUUGUGAAGUUGGUUUCAUCUUAUGAUGCCGUCAAAUGGGCCCCAUCCCAUAGACUUGUCGAAUACGUUUUAUUUCAUGAGCCUAUAAAUGAAUUAGAUGAAUUUGUUGAAUCAACUUCAUCUAUUAUACUCGUAAAUGAGCUUCAUCUUAUUGAUUUAUUGAUAGGUUCCUUCCUAUAUACUGGCAAAUGGCCGAUUUGUCAAAUGAGUUUCAGCCCACAGACUUCGAAAUGAACUACAUCUCUUAACUCGCCAAAUGGGGCCUAUCGUAUGAGCUUGUCAAAUAGUCCUCAUCCCUUAACCUCACUGAUAGGUUCGACUUCUAAACUUGUCAAGUGAAAGGAGUAUUCUCAGAUGGGCAUCAAAUUUGCAAUAUCAGAUGGAUUUCUUCUCAUACAUUCAACUCCGACCUAUUUUUAGCCCUGUGAAUUAUUGUUUAUGAAUUGUGAUUUCUCUUAUUUGAGGCAUCAAUCUUGUGGUAGUAGAUCGUGUUUAUUUGUUAAUGAGGGCUUUAUUAACGCUAAUUCUGGUAGGUGAGAAGGGUCUUAAUUUAUACAACGAACCUAAACAUCUCAGUCUCAUCAAUAAAACAAAAGAUAACGAGUUUUUCCCUAUGUUGGGUGUGCGGGCAUCACAUCAUGGCACAUACUAAGCUUAUGGACUCCAACUAUAACGGCUAUAGCUAACUUUCUGAUUUUCUGUGCAGGUCAGAACACUUCUAAAUCAAGCAUACUCUGUCUCUAAGAUUUGGGAUGAUGCUCCAGUUAUCAUCUGCGGAGAUUUCAACUGCACCCCAAAGGUCGAAUUUGUAUUCUCUGAAUGGAGGGCGUGCUCAGUUUAAAGCUAUUUGUUUGCUACAACUAUGCUAUUCUUUGAGUCUCACCUGUGCUUCUUUAUGUUUUUUCAGAGCCCACUUUACAAUUUUAUUUCCGAGCAGAAGGUAAGUGUUUUGCGAAAAAAAUUGGGUUUCUUCUGUAUAGAUAUUUCCCUGUAGAUGUAAGCAUUUUUACUUUCUUGCAGUUAAAUUUAUCUGGGCUUGCUAGGAACACUGUCUCGGGACAAUACUCUCCCAUUUACUACCCACCACGAACAUUUAAUCAGGAACUGGGAAUGAAAAGCCAUCACAGCGAUAAGGGCAUUACAGAUAACGCAUUACAAGGUAAUCAAUUCUCUUUCAAUCGUGUCUUAGUGAUUAUCUACUUCCAUAGAGAAUCUGAAAAUGGGAAUAAAUUCAAACCUGAUGAACGUUGCAGGAAUAGAAAUGGAUGGAUCUGACAAUUCAACCACAUGCGAGGAAAAAUAUUCACCAACAGAAACGAGUGUGGAUAUGCUUCAGCCUGGUGACAUUGUGACCUCUGAGGAAAGAGAAGGUGCGGACAGUUCUAGAAAUGCUUCCUCUCAGGGUGUUGCUCUCCCUUCAACAGUAGACUUCCAGUAUCCCUGUUCUUCCGGUGAAACAUUGAGGAGCAUUCUUGAUCAACAUUUAGUCACAACCUCUGGGAACAUUGAGGCCAAGGCUGACACUAUAGAUUUGCUUCAUGAGGUGAAUUCAUCCACAACUCACGCAAGAUUGAAGGAAGAGUUCACUGGUAUCGAAAUGACUAAAGAUGCUUCAAACUCUUCCAAUAAUAUACCUUCUCGGGUAGGAGAUAAAGAUGGUCUUACUCCGCAUGGCGUGGAUAAUAGUUCGGAUUCGAUACCCGAUGUUGUUAUCCUCAAUAGGACUUCAUGUCAAUGGAUCUCAAAGGCAAUUACCUUUUCCUCAGAAAGCAUUGCUGUAUCCCCAGUUGGUUUGCCAUCUGAUCUAGAAAGAACUAUUCUUGAUGUUUCCCGUCAUAAUUCUCACGAGGACAAGAACUUGGACUCGUGUUUGGAUUUUGCAACAGAGGAUUUGUCAGCGGGUCAUACUACAGAAAAGGUGGAAAAUUUGAGUACCCUUAGCGUACAGGUUAUGGCAGAAAGGGUAACCUCUUACACUGUCCUUGACGUCACUGAAGCGGGAAUUUCUGAUAUCAGUGAUGGUAAUGCCGCACUAGAAGCAAGUUCUUGUCCAAUUGAUGAAGGGGAAGAGGGCAGCUCAGACCCUACUUUUCUUGAAGAGCUUCAUGGACCGAGUAAUGUGCAGGAGUCUAUGGAAGUACUAUCAGGCGCAUCAUUUUCAAGCCAAUGGAUGCGCCGGUCGUAUCCUGAUCCUUUUUUGUGGACCCCUAUGGAAAUCACAGCAGCAUCAGGAAACCCAGAAACUACCUCUCUUGAGCAUAAUCUCAAGUUGAAGAGUGCCUACACAGAAGUCGAGGUACUCGAUGGCUCACCCAUUUCUUUGAUUGAUUUCUUUUAUGCUGUGAGGGGGUGGUUUUCUCUCUUUUGCUCUACUCCUAUGAUCCUUCAGAUUUUAUAUUCCGGGUCCUCGGUAUCUGUUGAUUGUCCAUCUUAUUGAUGGGGAUGCUAUGAUGCUUAUCCAUCUGUUGCUCCAAAAUUUUGGGAAGGCAGUUCAAAGUUGAUGCGGUUUUUAUUUUUUUAUUUAGCAAUGAUUUUCAGGGGGAUUUUUUUUUUUUGAAUUCCACCUCUAUAUGUUUUUGCUCCUUUAGGAUUAUGCAGGGACGAAGGAUUCCAAUGGAGAACCCAAGGUGACAAGCUACAACAGGCAAUUCAUGGGCACAGUCGAUUAUAUAUGGUCAGUUGGCAUCAGAAAUAUUCCAUUGUAUAGUCGAUCAGCACUGCCUAUUAGCUAUUGUAUUGUCCUUCAUAUUCUAGUGACUAGUAUCCCUCAGUUCCUCUUCCGUUGAGCCAAUCUGCCCCAUCCUUGAUCAAUUAGCACCAAUCCUUUGCUUUAUAAGUCUACUUGUCCACCAGGCACUCUGAAGGACUCCAAACUGUUCGAGUGCUGGAUACAAUACCACAGAAUGUUCUCCGACGAACCUGUGGCUUUCCCACAAGGGUAAACUUCAAUCUCUCUCUCCCCUUCUCUCUCUCUCUUAGCCUACCCCUUCUAAGGUUUACCGUUGACUUCUUAUGCAGAAAUGGGGGAGUGAUCAUAUUGCUCUGGUGUGCGAGUUUGCCUUCAAGAAGACUUGAACACAAUGGUCAAUCCUUGUGGCUUCCCCACAAGGGUAGACUUGAGUCUCUCUCUCUCUCUCUCUGCCCACCCUUCUAUGAUUUACCGUUGACUUUCUCAUGCAGAAAUGGGGCAGUGACCAUAUUUCUCUGGUGUGGGAGUUUGGCUUCAAGAAGACUUGAACACAAUCGUCAAUCUAACAAUGGUGGGUGUCCUCAUUUUCUCCGAGCUAGUAUAUAUUGGGCGCAGCAGACGAAAGUUUUAGUGGCUGGUGGAUGGCACGCGGUGGACUGAUUACCCGUGGAGUCUGGCGUUGGUCUCUCUCUCUCUCUCUCUCCCCGUUGACCACGACAUCACUCCUCCUGAUCUUGUUACUAACUUAAAGAGCCCUCUGCUCAGGAUCCUGUGAGAUCUAUGGUUACAGUCUCAAAGAGGUCCUGGUUGAGGCCUAAUUGGGCCUAGUCUUCCUGAUACUGGGCCACAACUCUGA